UGCUAAACUACACCGUCGUGAGAGAGACUUUCGAGAGAGAGAGAGAGAUGGCUGAAACAGCGAGAAGACAAGGUGGUGGUGGGAGGCUGUUUCCGCCGCCUCCUCCGAGAGGCGUUAAUCAACCCCCUCGCCCUAAAGCCGAGCCUGUCGAUCGCGAGAAGACGUGUCCUUUGCUUCUUCGUGUGUUCACCAAGAGUGGUGGUCAUCAUACUAAGGAAGAUUAUGCUGUGAGAGGCAAAGAGCCAAAGGACGAAGUUCAGAUUUACACUUGGAAAGAUGCCAAUCUUCGCGAGCUAACGGAUUUGGUCAAAGAGGUUUCUGUGGCAGCUAGGAGAAGAGAUGCUAGAUUAUCGUUUGCGUUUGUUUAUCCAGACAAGAAUGGCCGCUUUAUUGUCAGACAGGUUGGUCAGACGAUGUCUUAUCCAAACCGAAAACAACCAGACGACAGUAAAACACUCGCUGACCUUCAUUUCGAGAUUGGAGAUUAUCUGGAUGUGGCAAUCUACUAGGAGGAAGAGGUUUCUGUUUUUUUCCUCGAGUAGCAUUUAGGGGUGUGUGCACAAGCAAAAGAACACAUUCAUAGUUGUUCCUAUUCCCUUUUUUUUUAACAACAGUUGUUCCCAUUUCAAAACUUCGUUUGGACACAUAUUAUGUAUCCUUGGAUCUGGUCUGUGCACAACUGGUUUAGUCAUAACUUUUCUCAAAAACU